AUGAUUGAGGUGCCCUUAGCAACUUGCACCUCCUUUACCCUUGCCUUUUUCACCCCAGGCACCACCUUCGCCUUUACCUUCCCCUUCGCCUUUUCCUCCCCCGCCUCCAUGACCAUCUUUCUCACCACCUCCACCCUCGCCGUAGCCCCCUCCAUCACCACUUCCACCUUCAUGGCCGCCUUUGUCGCCACCUUUACCACCACCACCUUUGCCCCCUCCAAAUCCGCCUCCAAAACCUCCUCCUUCACCACCUCCUGCACCUCCACCUACACCACCACCUACACCACCACCAAAGCCUCCUCCUUCGCCACCUCCACCUUUGCCAAAGCCUCCUCCAAGGCCCCCUCCCCCACCUCCCCCUUUGCCAAAGCCGCCUCCAAUUCCACCACCACCGCCGCCCCCUUCGCCAAGACUGAUGCCACCGUCCUUCGUAUCAGGCACUGUUAUAUAGCUUCUGUCAGAGAACGGAUGUCCAUCUCGGCCGAAUCAAGAAGAGAGCGGGACCGUGAAAUGACACGAACCGGCUUGACCAGCGAUUGGAGCAGCAAUGGUAGCGCUUCCCAGACUGAGAAGAGCGAGAAGGAGUUGGAACCGCAUUUUUGUAAUCGAUUGGAUCGGACGUCAAGCUACCCAGAGAAUUAG